CACAAUUUCUAACAAACCAACAUUUACGCACAUACGCAAGAUCACACUCGUAAAAGGUCCGGGGCUCAGUUCGACGGUUCAGCAGCAAAUGCAGUUAGAAACUUUAAAAUUUGCAGUGAUUUUUUAGGAACAUGACGAAGAGCAAGAAAAAGAAGGCCGCUGCUGCAAAGAACAACAGUAAUAAUGCAAUCGGUGCAGAAAGUGUUCCCCCCAGCAUACUGACGCCACCGGGUACGCCGCCAAAAAACGGAUUAAAGAUCACCAACAACUACGGCAAUGGCACAUAUCGAAGUUCGUCUGUCUCCUGGGAACGAGAAUUCAUUGGACUCUUUCUGCUGGAGAUGGGCAACAGUCAGAAGAUCAGUGGCCGCAAUGAUUGGUACGUGGAUAAGACGCAAAUGCGGAAGCUCUUCGAGGCCCAUCUGGGAAAGUGUCCCAACUACGUGGAGCUUCGCAUCAAGCUGUCUGCCAAUGGAGCCUAUAACAUUGGGUCGCUGAUGCAGCGAACCAACUUCCUGAUGAACACGCCGCGGGGAAGCUCCAACUAUCGCAUUAGGAGCUUCUCAUUGAUGGAGUUUCGGAGGGAGAAGUUUAAUGCGAUUGAUGAGAGGCAACGUCUGCGGGAUGGAGUCACCAUAACUGAUCCAGUUUCUGCUAUGGAGGGCAGUCUUGCGGGGAAAAUUAUCGAACAGUACGUCCUCGAUACGGCAGCCACGGCGAUGCCUCUUAAGUAUCAGAAAACUCAGGUAAUGCAGUCAUCAACGAGCUUUGAACUCAACUCUAUGGGGUGCUACAUCUGCGAGGACCACUUUGAGUCGAUUGAAAAGUAUGAGGAGCAUGUGGAGCAUCAUGGCGAUGAGUCCGACUUUAAGUCACUUGAGAAAAUGACCAAAUUCUCCAGCCCCAUGGUGACGCUUUCGUACCAGACCUGCGUCGACAGUCACUACUUUGGCUUCACCCUGAAGACCGACCUCAAGGAUGUGGUAGUGCAGAAGUUCAUUAUUGUGCAGUCGCGGCAGUUCUACUACGUGUACAAUGGACGGAUGCCGUUGACGAUGCCCGAGAAUGGGGAGAAGGUUUUCUUUGUGGACUCGCACGUGUUCACGAUCCUGCGUGAGAUGCCCAUUGUCAUCGGGUUCACGAGCAAAGGCCAGCGCUACGUGGAACAGCACCACUUCAUGCGAACCGAAGCCCUUCCUAAGGCCAUGUUCAACAUAAAUCCGUACAGGUUGUCGACCAAGGAGAUCUUUCGCGGCAAGGGCCUGCCCCGUGCCAAUCCGCCCACGGAGGUAGUGCUCGCACUGAAGCACGACAAUGCCCAGAAGCGUCUGGUGGAGUACGACAGAGACUACCGCAACUACUGUGCGCAGGGCAGGGAGCUCACACAGGUGAAUAUCGGCGGCGCUCUGCGAACCCUCCUGCAGGUGGAGGACAUAGAGCGGCUGCAGCACUAUCUGGGGCUGAAACAGUCGCAGGUGGAACUACAUCAGUUCGGCAGGGAGCUGUCGGUGAAGAUAAAGCUGCCUUCCGUCAAUAAUGGAAGUGUCGAGGAUAUCCUGUCCCCGGGGGACGACGUGCUAAUCAUCAACGAGCGUGUCAAUCAAGGGAGUCCUGACAGUGUUCGGAAGCUGCUGGAAAACAGCAAUCUUGUUCUGGAACUGGCCCUCAAGGAAUUUGAUGGGAUCAUCAAAUGGGCCAAGGGUGUGGACGAGAAGUUCGGAUCGCUGCCGAAGCAGCCGCGGGUCUACUUUGCCCGCAUCCUGGGCGUGUCCACCCAGCGAGUGCACAUCACCUGCGAGCGACAGCUGCCGGACAACACCACGUAUUCGCUGAUCUUCCGCCCAGUGCGGGCUGUGAUGCGCUACCAGUACCGGGCUCUCGAGCAGUUGACUCUAACCAACAGCCAGAAUGUGCAGCGGAUUCUCUUUCCCGGAGAGAUAACACGAAUGCCGGUGACCAGGGGAGCUCUGAAGCUUCACGAUCAGCGCAUAUCCGGCAAUCCGGAGCAAAUGCAGGCAGUGCAGCAGAUUGCUAUGUGCCCCAAGCUGCCCGCUCCCUAUAUUGUCUUUGGCCCGCCCGGAACCGGCAAAACGGCGACCAUAUGUGAGGCCAUCUAUCAGCUAUUUGUGUGCAGGCCGGAAACACACAUCCUCGUGCUGGCCGGAUCGAACACCGCCUGCGAUGAGAUUGCGCUGAGGCUGCUCCGCUCCAUAGCCAAGGCGCCGGAGACCCAACCGCGACCUCUAACUCGCAUCUUCGCCGCCUGCUGCGAUCGACGCAUCGACAAUAUUGAUGACCUGCUGCUGGAGUACUCCAACUUGUAUGCCGUGCACUUUUACCCGGCCGUGCAGGCAGUGCACCAGUACCGCAUCGUCGUCUGUACCCUUAGCUUGGCCGGGAAGCUCUCGACGGGUGGCUUCGCCAUCGAUGACAACAAGCAGCCCGUGUUCUCGCAUGUGUUUGUAGAUGAGGCGGCCGCCUCCACCGAAGCGGAGUGCCUCAUGGGCAUCACCUGCACGAUCUCGCCCACCACGAAUCUAAUUCUAUCCGGGGAUCACAAGCAGCUCGGACCGGUGCUUCAGUCGCACCGUGCCAACGAGUGGGGGCUGUCCGUGUCUCUGUUCGAGCGCCUUCUCGAGCGAAAGUGCUACCAGGUGGAUGCGGAGGGUGGCUACAAUGCGGCUGUUCAAACGCGUCUCAUUCGGAACUUCCGCUCCCACCCGGAGAUCGUGUCUCUCUACAGCGAUCUCUACUACAAUAGCGAGCUCAAGGCGGAGGCUUCCAUGGAGAAUGUCUCUCGAGUGAAGAGCUGGUUCCACACGACCAAUGAGGAUUUUCCGAUUAUGUUCCAUUCGGUCUUUGGCACAGUAAUGAAUACCAAACGGUCGGUUAGCCUGUGCAACAACAAGGAGAUCGACACUGUUAUGGAUUAUGUAAAGGAUCUCAUGUACUUUGGCAUCAACGGAAAGCAGGUGGCGCAGACGGACAUCGGGAUCAUCUCGCCGUACAAGAAUCAGUACCAACGGAUCCAAGAGCAGCUCAACAUGCGCAACUGGUCGCAGAUCGAUUGCGGUUCCGUUGAGUUGUUCCAGGGCAAGGAGAAGCAGAUCAUCAUUGUGUCGUUUGUGCGCUCGUUCACCCCCAAGCUGGGCUUCCUCGACAACCAGCGGCGUUUGAAUGUCCUGCUCUCGCGGCCGAUGUCUUUGCUGAUUAUGAUCGGCAACCCACGUACGCUGAGCCAGAAUCACGACUUUCGGAGCAUCAUCGAGCUGUGCCGUGCUCGCAGGACUCUUGUGGGUGUCCCCUAUUUUUCGGAUGAAAAUGGCAGUAAGGGCGUCAAUGGAACGCCAAGAGAAAGCUUGGAGAACACACAAAUAAGAACUGCAACAAAGAACGACACCCCAACGCAGGCGUCCAGGCUAUUCUACAACAAGGAGGAGCUUCUCAAGCUGGGCAUCGAGUCAAAGGCGAAGGUCCCACCCAAGUCGGAGCUGGACAAGCUAUUCGAUGAGUUGCCCAAGGUUCCGCGUUACGUGGAUCACAGCUCGGACGCUGUUCGCUCGGUCACUACUCAAAUAAGGAAACUGCAGGUGGAGAAUGGAACGAAUGUGAAGGCCAAACUACCGUCAGCAUGUCCAGCCAAUUCGAAGCCAAUUCCAGUCAAGGCUACACCACAAGCAGCUGCUCCAGCAAAGAUAACGACAACUCCAGUUAGAGCUGCAACCGCAAACCCAUCGACUCCGCUUUCCAUUCCGGCAUCAUCCCGCGCUUCUUAUGCCAUCGACUUCAACUACUAUCCCACUGCUCCGGCAUUGAGUCCCCCAAGGACUUCCACGAAUCUGCAUAGAGCCACGGUCUAUAGCCAUAUUCCCACCGGCUCCACACGAUUCGAGAAUGUUCGUGCGCCGCCUGAGCACAACUCGUAUAGAAAUGAAUCGCCAGGACCGACUAUCUAUAGCCAUAUUCCCACCGGCUCCACACGAUUCGAGAACGUGCGUGCGUCGUCUGAGCAUAACUCGUAUAGAAGUCAGUCGCAUUUCAACGCAAGCCACGGGCCCAGCUACAGAGGUCCACGGGCAGAGGAUCCAAAGCCCGAAAAGAAGAAGUCGACGUGCACCAUUUCAUAGCUACGGCACACAUUUCGACUAACAAAACAUAUGAGGACCCGCGCAGGCGCCUAACCUAACAGUCGUCUGCGGGGUCCUCUUUUUGACUUUGCUAUCUUGGCAUUUGAGCGGUCUUCUCUCGUCGAUCGUCCACGUGCCAAGUAGCAAAACCACAAACAAAAUGCCUACGCAUUUGGCGUGCACUUAUUCGCGGGGGGAGAAGCAACGGAAGUCAUUUGAUUUCUGCUCUGGUGCUCCCCCUUGGAAUAGCUCCAAAUGCGAGUGUAUAUUUUAUUUUAUAAUUUUUAUGAUUUAAUAAUGUCAGACAAGAGAUUUCCUUGAAGUUGCAUUGUUAAAAGUUGUAUGCAAUUUUAUGCAUUGUUUGCCAAAGUGGAGAGAGAAAGUAUAUUUUUAAAGUGACUCCCAGGCAAACACAGAAUACAAUUUGAUCAUUUAUAUUGUCAUGUUGGAUUCCGUUUACAAAAUGUCACGACUUCAAACAGAGACAUACUGCGUGGGAUGCCCCUUCGAUUUACAUGAAUCCGAGUUAAAUAUUUAGUGUGCAAAGGACUGCGAAGUAAGUCCUCUUUAAUUUUGUUACUUUUUUCAAUCUUUGCACUGUUCAUUCGAAUUGUAUUAAGAAUAAUAAUUGAAAGGCAUUGUGUAUGAUUUAUAUGUUAUUUAAAUGGCAGAUCGGCCGUAUGGACUAUGUAUUCCAGCAUUUAUGCUUUCACUUACUCUAAGAUAAACAAACCCCACACAGAUUUCAAUAAAGACAAGCACGAAAGCUACAAGUUUUAUAACAAACAUAGUUGGCCUUUAAAAAUUGAAAA